AGCUGUUAACGUGUGGCACCUGCAAGCCUUUUCAUUGGCGGAAAAGUUCUACGAGCACUGCUAUCAAAACAGGUAAAGAGGCACGGUGUCGUUGAGCAAGGCGGUACAUUUCAGCGCGGUAUCGACCUCGUUUUUUUUUGUCUCCCGCCAUGGCACUCACAGCAGGAGAGGUGGGAGCCGUGGAGGCAGAGCUGCGGCAGGCGAAGGAGACGCUCAGCACCCUCAACGCUAUCGCCGCCCAGGCCGAGCGGGGCGCUCUCGUGGACUUCGACUUUGCAAGGCGCUUAAUGGGGGAGGUGGCUGACCGCGUGCGGCCCAUCGCCCAGGGCACCAUGCACAGCGUGGCCGGCACCACCGUCGUCCCCUCGGACAGGCAGGGCACCCUGCACGCCCGCGUCGGCGUCACGGGCAGCUCGCAGAAGGUCACCCCGCUGCAGCAGCGACGCGCCGAGCAGGUGCUGUCAGAGGUGAAGUUGCUGGAGGCCACCGUCGGCCGCUACGCGCGGAAGACACAGCAGCAGGCGAACUACGCGUUGCAGGUAAAGACGCUGAUCGGCAACGGUGCCGAGGCACAGCGGCAGAACUACGAGGCGAUGGACCACUUGGAGCGGGAGAAGAAGAGCCUGCAGUACGCCCGGCAGCGGAUGCAGGCGAUGGAGUCGGAGAGCAAAGAGGUUUUGCAGGCGCUGCAAGAUCAGGGCAGUCGGCUGGGCGGGGUGGGCAACAAACUGGGGAACUUGCUAGAGUCGCUGGGGGUGUCGAACACGACAAUCCUGCAAAUUGUGCGCCGCAACGAGGCGGAUGCGUGGAUUGUUUAUGGCGGAAUCGCCCUGCUGCUCUUCUUCUUGUGGUACAUCUGGUAA